CUGGGCGCGGAGCCCAUGGCCCUUCCCCUCCCAUACAGCCCGGGCGCGGGGGCACCUGACGGGGACCGGUGCCCUGGCCGGCCUCCUGCCGCGGCCAUUCCGCGGUCUCUUCGCCCCUGGGAGCGAUCAACUCCAGGGCCUGUAGAACAGCCCAUCUUCACCACCCGAGCGCAUGUCUUCCAGAUUGACCCCAACACCAAGAAGAACUGGAUGCCUGCGAGCAAGCAGGCGGUCACCGUUUCCUACUUCUAUGAUGUCACAAGGAACAGCUAUCGGAUCAUCAGUGUGGACGGAGCCAAGGUGAUCAUAAACAGCACAAUCACACCGAAUAUGACCUUCACCAAAACGUCACAGAAGUUUGGGCAGUGGGCCGACAGCAGAGCCAACACGGUGUUUGGUUUGGGGUUUUCCUCUGAGCAGCAGCUGACAAAGUUUGCAGAGAAAUUCCAGGAGGUGAAAGAAGCUGCCAAGAUAGCCAAAGACAAGACGCAGGAGAAAAUCGAGACCUCAAGUGAUCAUUCCCAAGAAUCUGGGCGUGAAACCCCAUCUUCUACUCAGGCAUCCAGUGUCAAUGGGACGGACGAUGAAAAGGCCUCUCACACCGGUCCCGCCAACACGCACCUGAAGUCUGAGAAUGAUAAGCUGAAGAUUGCCUUGACGCAGAGCGCUGCCAACGUGAAGAAAUGGGAGAUCGAGCUGCAGACCCUGCGGGAGAGCAAUGCCCGGCUGACCACAGCACUGCAGGAGUCGGCAGCCAGUGUGGAGCAGUGGAAGAGGCAGUUCUCCAUCUGCCGCGACGAGAACGAUCGGCUCCGCAACAAGAUUGAUGAGCUGGAAGAACAAUGCAGUGAGAUCAACAGAGAGAAGGAGAAGAACACACAACUGAAGAGGAGGAUCGAGGAGCUGGAGGCAGAGCUCCGAGAAAAGGAGACAGAGCUGAAAGAUCUCCGAAAACAAAGUGAAAUCAUACCUCAGCUCAUGUCAGAGUGCGAAUAUGUCUCUGAGAAGCUAGAGGCGGCAGAGAGAGACAAUCAAAACCUGGAAGACAAAGUGCGUUCCUUAAAGACAGACAUUGAGGAGAGCAAAUACCGACAGCGCCACCUGAAGGUGGAGUUGAAGAGCUUCCUGGAGGUGCUGGAUGGGAAGAUUGACGACCUGCAUGACUUCCGCCGAGGCCUCUCCAAGCUGGGCACCGAUAACUAGGGCUGGCCAAGGCCCAGGCCCCGCCUUUAAUUCUCUGAUCUGGCUGGGCGUGGUGGCUCACACCUGUAAUCCCGGCACUUUGGGAGGUCAAGGUGGAUGGAUCAUCUGAGGUCAAGAGUUCAAGACCAGCCUGGACAACAUGGCAAAACCCCAUCUCUACUAAAAAUACAGUAACAAAAGAAAAUUAGCCGGGUGUGGUGAUGGGUGCCUGUAAUCUCAGCUACUUGGGAGGCUGAGGCAGUGAACCCAGGAGGUGGAGGUUGCAGUGAGCUGAGAUAGCACCACUACCCUCCAGCCUGGGUGACGGAGCGAGACUGUCCCCAAAAAAAAGAAAAAAAAAAGCUUCCAAAAGACAUUGAGACAAUUUUGUAAUGUUUAGAAAAAUUAGAAAUUGGAUUGAGUAAAAUUUACAUAUUUUACACAAGAGGACUAACAUCUUUAUAAUAUUUAACCUUUCAUUUCAGUACAUUUAUAAUGUUUUAUGUCUCUCAGCCUAUCUUUUCUAGUAUAGGUGAUUUUUGUAGUGUGGUUACUAUUGUGUAAAUGAGAUCUUUUCCCACUACUUUAAAAAAUGAAAAUUAAAUCAAUCGCUUUUAUGACUUAAAACAUUAAAUAAAACUUAUGUAAGUGUAAACAUUAUUUUAAAACAUAUGUAGAAAAUUAAAGCCCCCCAUAAUUAAAAUCCCUUUCCCCCAAGAAAAACAGUCAACAGUUGAUGCAUAUUCAUCAGUUUUUUCCUAAAGUAUGUUUUAGCACUUUGACCAUAUGAGACAACCCUUCUGCUCUUAGCAUUUUUCUCUUUGCAAUAGAUCUUCCUAUGUCAGUACACGCCAAUCUACCUCAUUCUUACCUCUGCAUAAGAGAGUAGUGUGUGGUUGUAUAAUAGUUUAACUUGGCGAUUGGUUAUUUAUUUUGUAACUAGCCAGUUACUGAACUAUUCUAAAGGUUUUGCUGUUGUUAAUUUCUUUUGCCUUUUUCAGUUGGGUAAUAAUUCUGGGUAGGUUGAUAAUUUUAUUCCCAUGUUUGUAAUCUUAUUUCACUUUCUCAAAUCAUCACAUUGACCGGUACUUUUAGAACAAUGUUAAAUAACACUUACAUAAUUCUGCUGAUAUUGUACAUUAUUUUAUAUAUAUAUAUUUUUACUUAGAAGAGUGUUUCUCCAGAACUAUAAAUUUGACUCUUAGUGUAAAAUAAUCUUAAUAUUUGAAUUAUACAUUAAGGUUAUGCCCUCUAUUUCUAGUUUGAUGAAAAUAUUAUUAGUAAUGGAUGUUGGGGUUUUAUUUAAUGGCUUUUUUCCACAUCUGUCAAGAUGAUCAACUGGCUUUUCUCUAUUAUGACUUUAGAUGAAUCAUUAAUAGAUUAGCUAAUGUUAAGACAUCUCUGCAUUUCUAUAAAAACCUGAUAUAGUCAUAGUAUAUUAUUCUUUUAAUAUACAUCUCCUUUCAGUGUUAACAGUGGUUAUUUAUGAUUGGUUGGUCUAUAGAUUUUUAUUUUGUGUUUAUUAUCUGUACUUUCUGAUUUUUCUACAAAGAUCGUGUAUUACUUGUAUAAUAAAAAAUAAGAGCUUUAAAUUGUGAAA